AUGAAGACACUUGCCCUCCUCUCUGCCCUAGCUCUGCUGGCCUUCUUGGCCCAGGCUGAUCUCCUCCCAGAAACAGCUGGAGAAGCUCCAGACCAGGAGCAGCCAGGGGAAGAGGACCAGGAGGUGACUAUUUCCUUUGGAGGUCCUGAAGGCUCAGCUCUUCAAGAUAAAGGCACAGGAAACAUCCUGACAUGCUACUGCAGAAAACGGUCCUGUAUUUUUCCAGAACGUAGACAUGGUACUUGCUGCACGGGUAAAAUAUGCCACCUAUUCUGCUGCCGCUGA